CGCGCCUGCCACUACCCUUGGGCCUUGGCGUUAGCUAUAGUACUACUUAGUGUUCGAUACUUGAAGCUUGAAAGCUUGAACUCCCAAACAUCAUGGAACCUGAUGCAGUCGGACUGCGUUGCGAUCUAACGUCCUGCCACGAGUUUGAUUUCCUCCCAAUCAAGUGUCACUGUAACAAGGUGUUCUGUAGGUACCACAUUUCCCCUGAUAAGCACACUUGUGCGUCACCAGAUGGGCCUUCCGCGGGGCACGCCCCCUCCGUAAAACGCCAGAGAUGUGCUCUUGGAGAUUGCGAGAAACCAAGCCUUGAAAGUGCUAUCAGUCAAGAGGCUAAUGUCGAAACGAAGCCAACUUCAUCUGCGGCAUGCCCAAAAUGCCUUCUGUCAUUUUGUAUCGAUCACCGUCAUCCAGAUUUGCAUGUAUGUACAGGUCUGCAAGAGCAGGAGUCCAAUGAGAAGAAGGAUGCUCAAGAUAUUCUCGCGCGCCAUUUUUCUAAUCCAUCUUCAUAUACUCCCGUGGCCGUUCGACGCACAAUCAAGCCUCCUACAGACCCCAGAAAACUAGCUCAGAUGCAGAAAGUUACACUCAUGAAGAUGCGUCACAGUGCUACUGCGGGGGAUCCUAGGGACAAAUCAUCCACCGUACCUGUCAACGAACGCUUGCACAUCAAAGCUCGGUUGGAGGUGACUGGGAUGCCUGUGCAAGAACGCGUACUUUGGUUCAGAAAGUCUGUGGUCACGGGUAGGGCAUUGGACCUGAUCUCGGCGAAUCUUGGUGUCCCCUCCUCGUGUCCAACACCGCUGUGCCUCCUAGAGAAACCAGUCUUAGAUCCCUCAAGUUGCUCGCCCCUCCAGAAUGAUCUGUUAUUGUCUGAACAGGUGGAGGACACCUGUACUAUAGUGUUAUCUACUCUUCCUCAUAGUGGAAGUAGUUGAUGGAUGUCAUGGUGCUUCAUGACGUCUUCAUCUCAGUAUGAAGAUCACGCCGGAUUUAUCCACGAGCCUAUUGGAAGUUAUAUACAUGAACUCAGUUGACAAGGUCCUGAAGUAGCUAGAGC